AUGGCCGCCAACACAAAGUACGCGCCCGCGCCUACGCAGGACCCAGACGCUGGUACCUGGUCGCAGGCUCCCCCCUCUUACCAGGCUGCACCUGAUAACAGCGCAACAGCCGACAUCUUCAGCACCUCGCCACGAAGCAGCGAGGACAACAUCCCAGAUGAUUUCAAAUUCGGCGGCUCUGUUGCUGAGGCGACAAUUGAUAUCCGCAACCAGUUCAUUCGCAAAGUCUACACCAUCCUAACCGCGCAACUGCUCGUCACCGCCGUCGUCAGCGGCCUCAGCUUCUGGAGCGAGGGAUAUAAGGGCUGGAUUCAGUCACAUCCUGCUAUGGUUUGGGUUUCUCUUCUCGGCGCCAUUGGUUUCAUGCUCCUUACCUACUGGAAGCGCAAGUCUUACCCGACAAACCUUCUUUUCCUGUCCGGUUUCACGCUUCUUGAAGCCUACACCAUCUCUGUCAUCGUAUCCUUCUACAAGACCCAAAUUGUGCUCAACGCCGUCAUCCUCACGGGAGGUAUCUUCGUCUUCCUAACUUUGUUCGCCUGCCAGACCAAGUAUGACUUCACUUCCUGGAUGCCCUAUCUUUUCGGCGCGCUCUGGGGUCUUCUGCUAUUCGGUUUCAUGAUGGCUUUUCUCCCUCAGAGUAGCACCAGCGAGCUCAUCUACGGUGGUCUUGCGGCCCUCAUCUUCUCUGGCUACAUCCUAGUUGACACCCAGCUUGUCCUUCGCAAGCACCACGUCGAGGAGGAGAUCGCCGCCGCCAUCAGCUUGUAUCUGGAUAUCAUUAACCUAUUCCUGGCUAUCCUACGCAUUCUGAACAGCCAGAGCAACAACUGAGCUGACGAAUGAGGUUGGCUCGUCUGGAAAUGUAAGGGAAAAUUCGUCAUCGCAAUGAGACAAGUCGAUGCGCUAGGGCUGCACUCCAUUUUUAGGGGGUAAGCGACUUACAACUUUUUCCUUUUGCACAAAGCCAUCAUGACAAUGUGCUCUCUCAGUGUAUUUUUUCUGUAUUCCCCUGAAGUGGUAAUUGGUCGGUUACAAUAGGUUAGGAAUGGCGUCAUAGGAGGAACAAUCAACAUUGACAUCGACAUUUGAUAAAAAUGGUCUCUUCUGUUUAAUUAGUGUGCUUCAUAACAAAAACAAUAGGGUUUGUAGCAGCUUUCUACGAAACACAUGGAUGUUAGAAGUAUCAAUCUUGAGCUACGUAAUCCCUCACUCGGAGUAAGCAAGGCUACAUAAGGCUGGGAGUCUCUGAUAGCGAAAGUCGUUUCUGACCCCACAGAUCGCCUUGUAAUAUAUUUCAUUCAAGGAGCAUGGUUCCAUUUAUGUCCAACAGUAUUAAAUGACUGCAUGUACGUCAAUUUAGCAGUCCAAUUCUGACCCUGAGUCGACAUGAAUGC